AUGCGGUCCAGCUGAAUGAGACGAGGCCCAACUCUGAACACUGUUCAUUCAUUUUAAUAGCAUAUCAAAACAGACAGAGAAAUGACUACGAAAAGGAGUUUUGUGCGGGAAGCGUCUCAUCAGAUCAUAGCAGGCGGAUCAGCAGGUCUGGUGGAGAUAUGUCUGAUGCACCCUCUGGAUGUCGUGAAGACCAGGUUCCAGAUUCAGCGUGGAGUGAGUGACCCAAACAGCUAUAAAGGCCUGGAGGACUGUUUCAGAACCAUAUUUCACAAAGAGGGAGUGCAUGGUUUUUACAAGGGAAUCCUGCCACCAAUUCUAGCUGAGACGCCCAAGAGAGCUGUUAAGUUUUUCACCUUUGAGCAAUACAAGAACCUGUUAAGUUACACUACCUUAUCUCAAGGCCUGGCUCUCUCCCUAGCUGGGCUUGGAUCAGGUUUAACGGAAGCGCUGGUGGUUAAUCCAUUUGAGGUAGUGAAAGUGAGCCUUCAGGCCAACAGAAAUUCCUUCAAAGUGCAGCCAUCCACAUUCACCCAGGCUCGAAUGAUUAUUAAUUCACAUGGCUUUGGUCUGCGUGGGCUAAAUAAGGGCCUGACCUCCACACUGGGACGCCAUGGCGUCUUCAACAUGAUCUACUUUGGCUUCUACUUCAAUGUUAAAAACACCCUUCCUGCCAGCCAGGAUCCUCGUCUGGAGUUUAUGAGAAAGUUUACUAUAGGUUUGCUGUCAGGAACCAUCUCAUCGUGUGUGAACAUCCCCUUUGACGUGGCGAAGAGCCGUAUCCAGGGUCCCCAGCCAGUCCCAGGGGAGAUAAAGUACAGGAGCUGUUUCCAGACCAUGACUCUGGUGUACCGUGAAGAAGGAUAUCUUGCAUUAUACAAAGGACUAAUUCCCAAGAUCAUGAGACUUGGACCAGGAGGUGCUGUCAUGCUGCUAGUCUAUGAAUAUGUCUCCAGCUGGCUACAAAGAAACUGGUGAUAAGAGCUGUCAAGCAGCAGACAGAUUUCACACUAAACCUUGCUGAUGAAACUUUGUGGAUGCCUGUCAGCCAUCGCAGCUGUUCAAGCUAACAACAAUCUGUCAGUCAGCUCUUCUAGCCUGCAGGCUGAUGCAGCAUAACUCAGCUCAUGUUAAAAUAACAAAACCAUGAAAUGCACAUAUGUUGACAAAUGAAUGGACAAACUGUUUUGCUCUGUCCCACUUUGCUCGACGCCCACUCACUGAUUCCCUGUCAUAUACAUAUACAUAUACAUAAAGGGCUUUAAGCACAUGUACACCCAAGACCAAAAAGGACUUUAAUAGAAAUGUUUAUGGUGUCCCUUUAAAUUUCAUUUUGAUGUCUGUUAUAUUUUAAUUUGAAUAUUAUAGUAUUAUUGUCUAUAACCCCAACAAUAUUGCCUUUUUAAUGUGAUUAAUUAAGUCAAAACUUAAUUGAGCCAUUUUUAUCUGUUUAAAAAAUCUUUCAAAGCAUAUUGAAUAUUAUAUUCUUUAUAUAGCGUUGUGCCGAUGUUCUAAAGUAAGCUGUCUGAAAUGACAUUUUCCUUCUGGAGAAGCCUUGAACUCAAAAUAAAUCUGUUAAGCAAGUAGUAUAAAGUAUGUACCCUUACUGGAAAUACCAUGCCCUCUCUGUUUCAGUCCCGUUCAGUCCUGUCCAUUUUACUUUCUCUUCCAACCAGCUUUGUGUUUAUACAUCUGAUAUGGCCAUGCUGGAAAACACAAUGACCGCGGCUCUUUGUUUCUGUAGCUGGCAGCGUAUGUGGGUAGUAUCCUGCAGUUUGUAUCUUUCUGUCUCGCUAAAUGGCUGUAACUUGUUUAAGUUCUAUAAUACAAUAAGUUGCUAGGCUCAUUAGCUAUGACUUCAGAUUUUUUUGCUUGAGGGCGUGUGAUAUCAGGUCUAAGCAGUGAAGUUUAAAGACAGUGACUCUCAGCAGCUCUGCUAUGUGCUGGAAUGCUAUGUUGUAGAGUCACUUUGUCUUGUCGGCUUGUCUUCUACAUUAUGAAUUACCAAGGCUUUUCACGAGUAUAUUCAAGUCUCUGUAUUUCAGAACAUUCCAUUUAUCGUCAUAAGCCUCCAUUCAAUUCUCAAGAAUUCCCAACUUCUUGCGGUUGUCUUCAGUUACUGCAGAUAAUUGAAUGAACACGUAACUUCUGUAUCUAUUUAUAGGCUUAACAAAAUGAAAAUGUCUAUUUUGACUACAUUUCAUAGCAUUUUUAAAAAUCCUAUUUACUCCACCCCAUACUUUAACUUAAUUGCACUGUAUAUAGUUGCUGGGCUUUUUCCUAUCAUUCUUAACCCGAGCAGUGUGAAAUGCAAUCAGCACGGACAGCAAGGCUGUGCUUUCCAUAAGUGGAUCCACUCAGACUAGAAGGCGCAAACUCACCUGUGUGUGUUUAGAACAUGUUUUUCUAAUACACCAGGGAAAACAGUCUGCUUAUGGUCAUUAUUAAAUCAAGCUAGCACAUUCACCAUGUUCUCCAGUAUUGUUUUAG